CUGCGCUUCCAUCCUGCCCACCAGUUUCAAAGCCUUCGAGUAACUCUAUUUUGAGAAAGAAAUUACGAGAGCUGAGAGCUCUUACACUACUAAGCCAUGGCUCGCUCCAGUGCUCCCCUCGUUUUGGUUGCGCUUCUAGCGGUGAUGCUGGUGGCCGGGCCACGCAUGGCGGACGCCAUCACCUGCGGUCAGGUGGUGUCUUUCUUGACGCCAUGCAUUGCCUACGCCCGCAACGGCGGGCCCAUCCCCGCUGGUUGUUGUAGUGGUGUGAAAGGGCUCGUGGCGGCGGCGAAGAGCACCCCUGACCGGCAGACCGCCUGCAGCUGUCUGAAGAGAGCUGCCGCGAGUAUCUCCGGCCUCAACACUGGUCUCAUUGCUGGAGUUCCCGCCAAGUGUGGCGUUCGCAUCCCCUACUCCAUUAGCCCCUCCACUGAUUGCUCUAAGGUGAAAUGAGCUUGCUCUUUGCUUGCUAAGUAGAAGAUGCUGGAUAUGAGACCGAUAAGAAUAAGGUGGAAGCUGUUAGAGGCUGUGCUUACAGUGUGAGAGCAGUCCGCCAUCAGCUCUUCUUACCUUCUGUCUUCAUGCAUUGUUGUGAACGCCCGUAGUUGUUGAGAUUGCUUUUUUGUAGCACUGUUAUCAUCUAUGAAUGCUGUAUCCUUGUUUACUCCCUCUUGUUAUUAGAGUUGCAUGCUUUGAAUGACUGAUGUGAAAGCAAUUAAAGCA